GGCCGUUUCGGUAUUGGUGCAGCCGCCUAGAUGGCUGGUGUUCGCUCCGUCACGUUGUCAUAUGCCUGGAUUUAUUUGAAGCACGUACUAUGAUUUUGUUCGUGGCAAACGAUUCCUGAGAUUCGCCUCAUGCAAUGCAUCCUAGAAUUAUUGUUCUGCUUCACUUCUUGUGCUUUUCCGGAGUCCCACUUUCUUGUGCACAAAAGCCCAUCUUCAUUCGUUCACCAGAAGAUUCUUAUCCAGUCAGACGGAAACAACUUUCCCUCAGAUGUCAAGCUACUGGAGUACCACUCCCGGAAAUCAAGUGGUUCAAAGACGGAGAGCUUGUACAAACACAGCGAGACAAGCCGGGGACUUCUAACCGGAUAACCAACCACGGAGAGCUCAUUUUCUUGUCCUUUACUUCGGAGGAUGAAGGUCAGUACUACUGCAAUGCUACAAACGUUCAUGGAUGGACGGUGUCGGAUGUUGCUAAUGUUAGAAUUGCCUUUUUUAAUUCAGACGGCGCAUCUGGGCCGGAGGGCAAGAUUGCGAGUGUCGGUGAUCCAGUAAUUCUCGAGUGUGUGCCACCAGCUGGGUUACCUGAGCCAACCGUGUACUGGAUGAAGAACAAUGAGCCAGUCUUAGAAAGCAGAAGGAUAGUAAUUCAAGAGACGGGCGCUUUGCGCAUAGAUCCUGUUGGACAGGUUGAUGCCGGACUAUAUCAUUGUGGUGCAGAGAACCCUGUGGACCGGUGGAGAAGUCGAGAUGCUUCACUGGUUGUGCAGCGGAAGACACGUUUCAAGUUUUCUCCAGGGAGUAAGCAAGUGUUUGUUGGCGAUACUGUGGAAUUUCAGUGCUUAGCGUCGGAUGAUCCCAAUUCUACGAUAUUCUGGCGCCGCGAAGGUGCGGAGAUUCCAAAAACCUCUGUAUUGAAUAGACAAAGCUUGAGAAUAGAAAACGUGCAACUCUCAUACGAAGGAAAUUACAUCUGUGAGGCGAAAACUUCCACCACUCGUGUCGAAGCUGUUGCUCACCUGAGCGUCAUAUCACCACCAUCCUUUCUAAUAACCCCUGAGGACCGCUAUGUUCCUGAGGGCACAUCUGUGUUACUUGACUGCUCCGUCUCUGGCAUGCCUCCCCCCUUGGUUCGGUGGUUACACAAUGGAAGAACAUUUUGGGUGCCCAAACCUGGUGAACGUAGUUUCAGUGGCGAAAAUCUCAGGGUGUUUGCAAACGGUACCCUUUCCAUCAGUUCAGUGUCUCUUGCAGACGAGGGUGUAUAUGAAUGCAAAGCAUCUCAGGUUUCCCGGGUAAUGAAGUCCUCUGCUUAUCUUUCAGUUAAGUCCAUGAGUCUCGUUCCAGUAAUUGAAAUAGGCCCACAAAACCAAACACUACAGGUGGGUAUGACCGCCACUCUCCCCUGUCACGUCACGCUUCUUCGACACGUUUUUCUUGAUUCAACUAACCCACACACGGCCGAAGUUGGUGACCUCCCCGCCGAUCCUCGUGUUGAAUGGUUCGUUAAUGGCGUGCCGGUUUCGACCCUCGAUGAUCACCGGAUCCUGAGGUUUGCCUCAGGAUCGCUUCAGAUAAUUUCAGUGCGUUUGAGUGACGCCGGAACUUAUACUUGUCGCGCAGAGGUUGAUGAUUUUCGUCAUCCCCCUUGUUCGACUUCCUGGUCGGCCAUGAUACGCGUUGUAAACAGUGACCAACAAUCACCGUCCAACUCUUUAAUACACAAUUAUGACACUACUUCACUACCGAAACCUCCGGAGAGGGUCUCCGUUCUUGAUGUGGGCGAUACGUGGAUAUUGGUAGAUAUUCUCUCGCCGAACAUGACUACUGAGUCAACCUCGGAGAUGAAGAUUUUUCCACCAAUCCCAAUUUCCGGAUUUCGGGUAGAGGUGGCUCAGUACAAUACCUCGUCGGGUUGGGAAGUCAUAGUACCGUUGACUACCGACUCGAAAGUCCGUCUAAGCGGUCUACGUCCAGAAACAGGAUAUUACAUUCUAGUACGUGGAGUGGGGAAAUGGGGUGUCGGGAAGCCUUUUGUUUUGCGUAAACCAGUCUUCACAACACAAUCGAUGGUUUAUAGCAGUGACAAUCUUUCCUCACUGAACGCUGCGCUACAGCAAAUCCAAUUCAAUCCCAUAAAUAUGCGGUCCAUAUCUCCCUCGGAAAUUUUCACCGAGUGGUUAGUUUGCGGUCCACUUGAUGCACUCCCCCUUAGUGGUUUCAAGACCACUGUGCGUGCGGUAUCUCUUUCAAACUGCCUCAAACGCGAUUCUCAGCGUGGUAUUUCGAUUCGUGAGGAUGAUAUUCGCCUCGAAACUUAUGGGUCCGGUUGUUCACCACCCGAGGCGUUUGCACUCACUAGUAAUGAUGACUAUCUGUUACACUGCAGUAUCGGUGAGUUGUCAAAAACAUCCAACCUGGAUCGUACCCCACCCCAGUUUCUGAGCAGAGAGGAUAUACAUGUUACACCGUUCUUUCGGUCAACGCCGAUUGUUAAAUUCAUUAUAGAUGCCCUCAGACCUUUCACCUGUUACUUGGUUGAAAUUGAGGGAAUGAUUUCGCAUGCGACCUCAGGUCAAGCUUUCAGCAAAAGGAGUUAUUCGUCCGCCAUCUUGACGUAUGACAGCCCCCCUCUGGGGGCGCCUCGUGUAAUGAACGUUCGGUGGUUGAAAAACGGAAGUGUGCUCGAUGUCACGUGGCACCCACCAGCUGAGUGGGAACAAGGUGGUGUCCUCACGGGCUACGUUGUCAGAAUUCUCAGUUCUACACCGUUGCUCAAUCAGAACAUUAGACUGGGACCUGAGCACCGAACAUUCCAAAUCAACAACUUGGACCCUUGGGUCAACUAUACCAUAUACCUGGCAGCCGUCAAUUGUCGUGGGGAAGGAGUGCGUUCUUUACCAAUUGUUGUAUUCCCUUUUCCCACUCGACCUUCACGGGAGCACGGUAAAAGUGGCUCCCCAUUCCAAACAGAUUCCACUCAUGUACCAGUUGGUGAUCACUCACUGAAUUAUCCACUUUAUCGUCGUGUAAUAUUUGACGGACGAGAAGCAGUUCCUGAACACUCUCGUAGCCAGCGACUCGAUGUUUCUGGUAAUUCUGAGUAUGACUUACAAGCCAACAGAGAAGCAACUGGUGACAGCUUGACUCGUGAGCCUUGGUUUGUGGUCAGCGUGAUAGCAUUUGUUCUAUUGUGGGUCCUGAUUGUUCUUGGACUGAUCUUGUAUGGACGUCACCGGAGUCGACAGCAACGGCGUCGCGCGGAACGCGGUGAUUUAGGCAUUGUCACAAAGAAUGGGCGUCUCGUCGCUUCGCCAGAUAUGUACGGACCGGCAUUCGUUCCCUCCUCAUGGCCAUCCAGCGCUGCCCCAGAAUCACAUCCACUCGUGUCGGCCUUUGAUACCAACUACUAUGCUGGGGAGAAGUCUGUAAUGGAAAAUGCCUACUCUGCAUUACUGAAUCCUGCAGCACCGGGCCUCCUACCUGGCAUGGCAUUUGCAGCAUCGCCAAUGGUCAAUGGGAACAAUACUCACCUGGGUCCUUCUUACUGUCACAACUCUAAAAGUUAUACACUCGGACAACCGAAUACGGCUUAUGUGACUUCGAACAGCAUUCCUGCAAAUGUUCCCAACGUUGCGUCAUCCGGUUUUACACCCAUAAUCGGAAAUGACUCCCAUAUGGAUAGCCAUACGACUUCUCACCGUCCUAUCCCUGUGCUUCCGAAUGGCGGAGUGCAGCUACCCGCGCGGUAUGAUCCUACCGCGCCCAAUAAACCAUCGCUUUCAGAUUUGGAUAACGAGGACACAGUCACACCAUAUGCUAGCGUUCCCGUCAUGCAGCAGAUGGUGGCCUUCGAUCGUGUCGCCAAUGCGACCACCAGUGCUAACUUAGCGGCUACAAAACCAAACACCAUCACAGACCACAUGGGUGUUGUGCAACCCUCACUGGCACCUGUUGGUCGGCAGCUGUCUCUUGCCGAGAUUAUCCCUCCACCACCUGACUACCCACCUCCUUCAGUUCCAUCUAGUUCGCCGCCACCACCAGCACACUCAGAUCGUCAGACGCCCAUGGUUUGGGCUCGAACAGCUGCUACCGCGGCUGGUGGAUCAGGAAGCGGUGACGACUCGGCCUACUAUGCACCACACCAAGCUCUCUCCCAGCAGUCGAAUUUCAAGUCUUCCACCGACACAAGUCAACACCGAACUCCACCUCAUUGGUCCUGUAGCCUUCCUGCUUCUGAUGAGAGUGCGACAGCUCUUCUACCUCUCCAUACCUCUCCAUACCAGGAUUCUAAAUUGAUGGUUAGUGGAGCGCAUCCGGUGAUGUUGUCAAGCGCGGAAUAUCAACUGAAUAACCACGAUGGCUGACAAAUUCUGUCUAGCUAAUGUCUGAAAACAUAGCUGGAGCCUUGUAGGCAACCAUUCAAAUCAGCGACGAGAAGUCCAGGCAAAACAACAUUUCCACCGGUGGCGCUAAAUCCUUCAGUACAGAUUUCCUCUUCUUUGGCUGAAACAAGACGCGGUUGAAAAAAAUAAUUCAAUGAGUUUUUGUUGAAGUCGUUUGGUUACCAUUCGUUAUGCGAGCUGGGAACCAUUUUUACCUCCUGUUCAAGUUCGUUUUUCUAACUGCUGAUGAUGUUUCUGCUGUAGUCAUUUUCCACCUGUAAAUUACACUAUUUCCUCUUCGCCCCCCUUCGACAUCACGUGAUGCGGCAACUGAUCGGUGAUUCUGCCAUGAUUACCCGUUUCUACGCUUGCUACCAGUUUGUUUCCCUUCACAUUGCAUGUCUUGUACGAUCUUCCUCCCCCAGUUAUUCAUCCAUACUAUCUCCCAGCCCUAAUCCCACUAGGUCGAACUCUACGGUAGGUUAGCUCGUCAGGUCUCUCUUGCAACGCGUCAUUUCACAAAUUUAAUUAAAAAUGAAGAUUAUUUAUGUUUCUCUUCCUUUUGUCUCUACCUGUCGUUACCCGCCACCUCUUUGCUACCCCCUAUCCCAAACGCUCGUGCUCCGCUUUACCGAGAUUCACCUGCAUUCCACUCUCUUCACCACAACGAUGAUGAACCGAGCGACCGACCGACACAUUUAUUUGAUCUCAGCAUCCUUCCUAACACUCGCGCGUGCAUGCGUGCGUAGUUUCUUGGUUGCGUGUCUGACUGACCGACAUUGUGUCGAGGCAGUUGCGUGCAAUUGGCGCAGCUUCAAACAUCUGCUUUUGUCUCAACAAACACAACGACGUUCACAGCGUUGUCCAGGCGCGCUGCAUGCAUUUGUUUCUCUUCUCUCAUUUGAUUUGUAUUUCUCGCUAUUUACUACCACAAUGAUUGUUUCGGUUAUGAAGCUGAUGACAAUGACAAUAUGACUUUCUCGUUU